AUGGCGGCGAGCUACAAGCAGCGCAAGGAGGACUUUGUGUCCAACCUGUCGGGCGGCUCCGUCUCGGAAAUCAGCUACGUGACUGCUGUUGCGCCCGCGGCCGUGCUGCUGUGGUCUGUUCUCCAGGCCCGGCAGUCCUUCUUCAAGCCGUACUCGCUGCUUGGGUUUGUCGUCGACUUCUCACUCACCGUCGGCACUUUCCUGCUGGCCACGACUCUCUACUCGGGCACGCCUGUACUGUUGAAUCUGCUUCUGCUGGCGCCGGCUCUCCUGAUAUGGCUCCUCCCGCCAUCCACCACGGCGUCGAGGAAGAGGGCGAGGAUUCCACCAAAUGCCCAGUCCAAAGCUGCCGCGGGGCCUCUUCCCACGCUGAGCAUCAAGCCCUUUCUCACGACGUACCGCGGGUACAUGAUGAUCACCACCUGCGUUGCGAUCCUGGCCGUCGACUUCCGGCUCUUCCCCCGGCGCUUCGCCAAAGUAGAGACCUGGGGCACGUCCCUCAUGGACAUGGGCGUUGGCUCUUUUGUCUUCUCCGCCGGCAUUGUGGCUGCUCGCCCGGUGCUCAAAGAACGGGCGCUGGGUCGCCGGACGCCCCUCGCCACCCGAUUGUUGCAAUCGAUCCGCCAUUCCAUCCCGCUUCUCGUCCUGGGCUUCGUCCGGCUGCUCAGCGUCAAAGGCCUCGAGUACGCCGAGCACGUCUCCGAGUACGGCGUCCACUGGAACUUCUUCUUCACCCUGGGCUUUCUGCCCCCGUUUGUGGCCAUUUUCCAGUCCAUCUUCGACGUCAUCCCGUCGCACGCCGCGCUGGCUCUGCUCCUCGUGGGCACGUACCAAGCUCUGCUCGAGUAUACGAACCUCAAGGCAUACAUCCUCGCCGCCCCACGGGUUGACAUCAUCUCCAUGAACCGCGAGGGCAUCUUCAGCUUCAUAGGCUAUCUCGCCAUCUUCCUGGCCGGGCAGGACCUCGGCAAGUUCAUCAUCCCGCGGAGCAUCACGUCGAGCAGCAACUCCACGGCGGGCAUGCAGAGGAACACGCUGCUCAUGACGAUAGCCGUCUGGGCCGGCAUCUGGACCGUGCUGUACGCCUUUGCAACGAGCUACGACUUUGGGCUCGGCCUAACCGUCUCGCGCCGCCUGGCCAACCUGCCCUACGUCCUCUGGGUCGCGGCUUUCAACUGCUGGCAGAUUCUGGCCUUUUGCGUCAUUGAUACAAUCUUUUUUCCCGCGUUUUACAACGCCGCGGACGCGCGGUCCGAGAAGGAGGCCUAUGACGUGGCCACGAGCUAUGUCUUGAAGGCGUACAACCGCAACGGCCUGGCCGUGUUUCUCAUUGCAAACUUGCUGACUGGCUUGGUCAAUAUGACGAUCCCGACGCUGGAUGCGACGCCGGUCAUGGCCAUGGGGAUUCUCUUGGCUUACACGGCGACUGUGACGGGUGUUGCGGUGCUGCUUGACAUCUACGACAUUUCGAUCAAGCUGUAA